AACACCGGACAGCCAGCCGGCUCCAACUCCCAUCGCCCAUUGGAGCCGCCCAAUUACCAAUUCCCUCCUCCCCGAUUUCCCAUCUGAUCUAUUAACGAAAGAAAUCGCCCACCUAUUAUCGCGUUACUGGCGUCGCCGCCGAAGCAAAAUCGAUAUAUUAGAAGGAAAGAAAUCUGUCGAAUUCCUUCUUUGGAUCAAUCCAUCAACUCCCACCAAGGGGUCGGAGUAGAGAGAUCUAAGCGAGCGGCCACCGGAGGACCGCGGCAGAGGUGGAGAGAUGCUGCCGGACGCGGGCGCGGAGGACGGGGAGAAGUGGCUGGCCGAAGGCAUCGCUGGCCUCCAGCACAACGCCUUCUACAUGCACCGUGCUCUGGACUCCAAUAACCUGAGGGAUGCCCUUAAGUUCUCCGCCCAGAUGCUCUCGGAGCUGCGGACUUCCAGGCUCUCCCCGCACAAAUACUACGAGCUCUACAUGCGGGCGUUUGAUGAGUUGCGGAAGCUGGAGAUGUUCUUCAGGGAGGAGACCAAGCGUGGCAGCUUCUCCGUGAUCGAUCUGUACGAGCUCGUGCAGCAUGCGGGGAACAUCUUGCCUAGGCUGUAUCUCCUCUGCACAGUUGGAUCUGUAUACAUCAAAUCAAAGGAGGCACCUGCCAAGGAUGUUCUUAAAGACCUUGUAGAAAUGUGCCGUGGCAUUCAGCAUCCUGUUCGUGGACUUUUCUUAAGAAGCUACCUCUCUCAAAUCAGCAGGGACAAGUUGCCUGAUAUUGGUUCUGAGUAUGAAGGGGAUGCUGACACUAUCGUGGAUGCUGUUGAGUUCGUACUUCAGAACUUUACAGAGAUGAACAAACUCUGGGUCCGGAUGCAGCAUCAGGGGCCUGUUCGGGAAAAAGAGAAGCGGGAAAAAGAAAGGAGUGAACUCCGUGAUCUUGUCGGCAAAAACCUCCAUGUUCUCAGCCAGUUAGAGGGUGUUGAUCUUGAUAUGUACAAAGAAACCGUUCUUCCCAGAAUAUUGGAACAGGUUGUCAAUUGUAAAGAUGAGCUUGCCCAAUAUUACUUGAUGGAUUGUAUUAUCCAAGUCUUUCCAGAUGAAUACCACUUGCAGACUCUUGAAACAUUAUUAAGUGCAUUCCCCCAGCUUCAGCCAACAGUUGACAUCAAAACAGUACUAUCUCAACUUAUGGAUAGGUUGUCAAAUUAUGCUGCCUCAAGUACGGAAGUAUUACCAGAGUUCUUGCAAGUUGAAGCUUUUGCCAAAUUGAGCAGUGCCAUUGGAAAGGUGAUUGAAGCACAGGUUGACAUGCCGGUAGUUGGAGCAAUAACUCUAUAUGUAUCCCUUCUGACAUUUACUCUUCGUGUACAUCCUGAUCGGCUUGAUUAUGUGGAUCAAGUACUGGGAGCAUGUGUUAAGAAACUUUCAGGCAAAGCAAAGCUUGAGGAUAGCAAAGCAACUAAGCAAAUUGUUGCACUCCUGAGUGCUCCACUGGAGAAGUAUAAUGAUAUUGUUACUGCAUUGAAGCUUUCUAACUAUCCCCGUGUCAUGGAUCACUUAGAUAAUGGGACAAACAAAGUCAUGGCUGUGGUGAUUAUCCAAAGCAUCAUGAAAAACAGUACCUGCAUAUCAACUGCUGAUAAAGUGGAAGCUCUGUUUGAAUUAAUGAAAGGGCUUAUAAAGGAUAUGGAUGGAACCACAGAUGAUGAGCUCGAUGAAGAGGAUUUUAAAGAGGAGCAGAACUCUGUUGCUCGACUCAUUCACAUGCUGUGUAAUGAUGAUCCUGAGGAGAUGUUGAAGAUCAUAUGUACCGUUAGGAAGCACAUUCUUCUUGGAGGUCCCAAGCGCCUGCCUUUUACUGUACCUUCCCUUGUCUUUUCUGCUCUAAAGUUGGUACGACGAUUACAAGGUCAGGAUGGAGAUGUGAUUGGAGAAGAGGUCCCUGCAACACCAAAGAAAAUAUUUCAAAUUUUACAUCAGACUAUUGAGGCCUUGUCAUUGGUUCCUUCUCCAGAACUUGCGUUAAGGUUAUACUUGCAAUGUGCAGAGGCUGCCAAUGACUGUGAUCUUGAACCUGUGGCAUAUGAAUUUUUCACUCAGGCAUUUAUACUGUAUGAAGAGGAAGUCGCAGAUUCAAAAGCCCAAGUGACUGCAAUUCACUUAAUCAUUGGAACUCUUCAGCGGAUGAAUAUAUUUGGGGUGGAGAAUAGAGACACUCUGACACACAAGGCCACAGGGUAUUCUGCAAAACUUUUAAAGAAGCCUGAUCAGUGCAGAGCAGUUUAUGCAUGCUCGCAUCUCUUUUGGGUUGACGAUCAGGAUGGAAUCAAGGAUGGAGAAAGGGUCCUCCUUUGCCUAAAGCGUGCCUUGAGGAUUGCAAAUGCUGCUCAACAGAUGGCUAAUGUGACAAGGGGUAGCAGUGGAUCUGUGACUUUGUUCAUCGAAAUACUGAACAAGUACCUAUAUUUCUUUGAGAAAGGAAACCCACAGAUUACAAGUUCUGUAAUUCAGGGUCUCAUUGAAUUGAUCAACACUGAGAUGCAAAGCGACAGCACGACAACAGAUCCUUCUGCUGAUGCUUUCUUUGCAAGCACACUUAGAUACAUUCAGUUUCAGAAGCAAAAAGGUGGCGCAAUGGGGGAAAAAUAUGAACCCAUAAAAAUUAACUAAUCAGGUUUUAGUGAUGUGUUGGAAGCUUCUCGCUGUGAAUUCUGUGAAGAGUCAGAAUUGAAAUUCACGUCGCCUGCGUUUCCUGCCGACUGUGUGAACAUGUUGAAUAAAAAACUUUGUACAUGAGAGGUUGAUUAUAAUGGUUUCAGUCUCAUGCAUUUUUUCAUAGGUUCAUAGUUGUGCGAUCAAUUUUAUAUUACUGAUAACGUCAGUAGGGAUUCAAUACAUUGAUCGGAAAAUAUCCACAUGAAAUUUUUGGAAGGAAUAGUUAAAUGUCAGUUCGUGUACCAUUACAUCCUCUGGUUUUAAUAUUUAACUUUCUGCUUUGAAA